AUGGCCUGUCGCUUGGGCCUCACGCCGCUUGUGCGGCAGCUCAUCGACCUUGGCGCCGACACGACGGCACUCUACCACGAGAGCCUAACGCCGCUGCACAUUGCAAUUCAGAAAGGACAUGCCGAGAUUGUGUCGAUGCUGCUCGCAUCACCGCGUGGCGUCGUCAACCAGCGCGACGCACGAGGCACAACGCUGCUACAUUUGGCCGUCGCCACGGGCUACGUCAAUGUCGUCGACGUGUUUUUGAACGCUGGCUUUGACUUUGACGUUGUCAAUUAUGAUGGCGACACGCCGUGGAGCCUCGCCCACAACAGCCGCAAUGCGGCGCUCAAGUCGCUGCUCGACGACGCCAUCGAACACGUACGAAACGACGCCUUGCGGUAUGGACGCUGA